AUGUCAACGGAAAAUCUCCUACAUGCGUUACGACGUUUUUUCGCCAGGCGAGGAGUCCCAGAGACAAUCACAUCCGACAAUGGCCUCUAUUUCCUACUAGCAAAUCAAAUCUUAAACGAUGCUGCCGCACAAGCAACGGACAAAACAGUAGCACAAUUUAUGGCUUCGAAAGGAAUCUUAUGGAAAACAAAUACUCCAUACGCUCCAUGGCAAGGAGCUUUUUAUGAACGACUCAUCAAAUCAGUGAAGCAUUCACUAUACAAGGCCAUUGGAAAGACGAUACCGACUAUCGAAGUUCUAACCACACUUCUAGCUGAAAUCGAGGGGACCCUUAAUACUCACCCACUCCCAUACCAGGAGGAGCAUUGGGAAGAUCAACCCACAAUACGCCCAAUCGACUUCAUCCAGCGUGAUAUGAUCAUUACAUACCCAAUGGAAGGAGUACGAGAGAUGUCAGAUGAUGCCGAUUAUCACGAACCGGGGGAAAUACUCCAGCUUCAAAUGCGACGUCAGACAGAAGAAGCCCUUCGCAGUUCUUAUUCGCUUACGGAGAAGUUCUGGAAAGUUUGGAAGGAACAGUACCUCACAGCUCUGCGAGAACAGCACAUACGAACCUUACGUAGGAAUCCCGGAACACCAAAGUAA